AUGUCUGCUGCAGUUUCCUCUUCCACCUCGACCGCUCCUGUACCCAGCUUGACUAAUUCUGGUUCGCAACUUUCCGUUGAACAGCAACAACUUGCUGCUCAAGCUGCGGCAGUCCAAUUCGGCGUUCCUCCUGCAGCACCUCAGGCCUCUGCAUCGCUUUACGUGGGUGAGCUGGAUCCUUCCGUAACCGAAGCUAUGCUUUUCGAAUUGUUUAAUCCGGUUGGGCCAGUUGCUAGUAUUCGCGUAUGCAGAGAUGCCGUAACCCGGAGAUCACUUGGCUACGCAUAUGUUAAUUUUCACAAUGUCGUUGAUGCGAAUAUAUCUUGCGAACGAGCUCUUGAUACCUUGAAUUAUACUGUCAUCAAAACAAAACCUUGCCGUAUCAUGUGGUCUCAACGUGAUCCUGCUCUUCGCAAGACUGGCACUGGGAAUAUUUUUAUUAAGAACCUUGAUAAAUCAAUUGAUAACAAGGCCCUUCAUGAUACAUUUUCGGCCUUUGGAAACAUUUUAAGUUGUAAGGUUGCCAUGGAGGAUUCCGCUUCUAAAGGUUUCGGCUUUGUUCAUUAUGAAACCGCCGAAGCUGCCGAUAAUGCUAUUAAACACGUAAACGGAAUGUUACUUAAUGAUAAGAUAGUAUAUGUUGGUCAUCACAUUCCCAAGAAAGAACGACAAUCUAAACUUGAAGAAUUCAAGUCAAAAUUUACCAAUAUCUAUGUAAAAAACUUGGAUCUCGAAGUAACAUUAGAUGAAUUCAGUGAACUCUUCUCCCGCUUCGGAAAAAUUACAUCCGCUGUUAUCUCUACUGAUGAAGCAGGUCACUCAAAAGGCUUUGGCUUUGUUAAUUAUGAGAAUCAUGAAGAAGCAGCCAAAGCGGUGAAUGAACUUCAUGAUACGGACUUAAAGAACGACAUUGAUGACGAAAAAUUACGCCAAGAGUUUUCUGUCUACGGCGUUAUAACGAGCGCUAAAGUGAUGAGAGACGAACGACAACAAUCCAAAGGGUUCGGAUUCGUUUGCUUUUCAUCUCCUGAUGAAGCAACCAAAGCCGUAACCGAAAUGAAUGGCCGUAUGAUUGGUAAUAAACCAAUCUAUGUUGCAUUGGCUCAAAGAAAGGACGUUCGAAAAUCACAAUUAGAAGCUCAAAUAAAUCAAAGGAAUCAAAUUCGAAUGCAACAACAACAAGCAGCUGUUGGGAUGGGGCCUGCAACUGCGUAUGGUAUGCCCGUUGGAUAUGCUACUCACCCAGGAUCUUAUGGAAUGAGAACGAAUCGCCCUACUCAUUUCUAUGGGCAAGUGUUAGGCGCAGUUCCUGGUUCAACUCCUAGUAUUCGCACCAAUAACUUUGGACAAAUGGUUAAUAAUCGACCUAAUGGUAGACCUCAAAACAACCCAUCUCAAAAUUCUGGACGAGGAAACCUAAAUGCGAACCGUGGAGCACGAAAUCAAUAUCAACCAACUUCUAAACAACAUAAUCAAUUUGGACAAAAUAACCGUGUGAGUAAUGGCCAAGGUUCAUCAAAUGCUCGUAGCAAUGCAUCUUCCUCUCAAGGAAAUGCUGCUUCUGUAGGCUCGGUAUUUGAUACCCGUAAACUUGUUGGAGUUUCACAAGAAACUCAGAAGCAGUACCUUGGGGAACAACUUUUCCCUAAAAUUUCAUCCCGUCAAUCAGAGUUAGCCGGAAAAAUCACUGGAAUGUUGUUAGAAAUGGACAAUGGAGAGUUGUUGCAUUUAUUAGAAAAUCCGGGAGCUCUCGAUUUAAAAGUCGAAGAAGCUGUUGCUGUACUAAGACAACAUGCAAUGGCCACUGGCCAAGAUUUCCCUUCUUCAGAUUAA